AUGGUUGCCAGCGACAUCCUCGUUCCUGUCACCGGUCUUUUCGUACACAGCAUCGUUCCCUCUGACCACAUCCACCACUACGGUCGAGGCAUUCUCAUACUCGUCGUAGAUCUAAUUCCGUUCUUGCACGCUCCGUCGACGCUUGAGACAAUGGCACAGAACCCACGCCCCGGCCUCCGCUCGCAGGAGUCUCUGCCAGACAGCUUCGUGCAGAACGGCCCGGCUUCACCGCCAUACCAGCAUCAAAACCCGUUGGAUGCCAUGCCGCCCAUCUAUGCGAGCCAGUCGAACCUCGCCGAGCACGCCUCCCAUCCCGAUCAGCACAUGAUUCGCGACGCUGCACUCGCCGCUCUCGCCUCCGGCGACGCCAACACGUCGGGCUCGCAAGCGCCUUCGCCCGAUCGCAAGCUUCCUCACCAUGCCGCUCACGACACGGGUAUCCUCGAAUCCAGGACCGACUCCAACCCUUCUUCCCGUCCCGGCACUGCAGGCCCCCGUGUCGCUAUCACUGAUCCGCUCGCCGAAUUCCGCGAUCGCAACCUCUCCAAGCCCGCCGGUCUCGGUCCCAAGUCCGACUUUCCUCCACACGAGACCAACCGCACCCCCGGCGCAUUCAACUACCAGCACAACGUCGCCUACCGUCCCCCCUUCGUUCGACAGGACAGUGAGCUCUCUAGCGAGAAUGGCGACCGCGACUACGGCGAAUUCGACUGGUCCGACGAGGACGAUCUCGACGAAGCCGCUCGCUUCGAGAACGAGCAGGCAAAGCAGGUCCGCAUGGGCCGCUUGAGCCUGUGGAAGAUCCUUAACUUCCUCGCCACCACCUUCCUUGGCAACCUCAUCAUCUCUUGCUGCCUCCUCGUCCCCGUCAUCGUCAUCCAGUACGUCUACCGCAGGCGCGGACCCGACGAAGGCCACCGCGAUUUCGUCGCAGACAACGUCCAAGCCUGGUUCAUCUGGGCCGCCUUCAACCUGCACGUAGAAUGGUGGAUCCAUCUGCUCGUCGAGCUCUUCCCCAAGGCCGUGCUUGGUGUCAUCCAACUCAUCUGGGGUCGUCCUAGCCAGCGCGUCCUUUCGCUCGCAGAGUACUUCAACGCCAUCAAGGGCUACCUCAAGUUCCUCUGCUAUGCCGCUCUCAGCUGGGGCUCCUGGGCCAUCAUCUUCAACUCGGUCUACGGUCUCUACAACCACACACACCCGCGCCAGAGCAGGGCCGCCUACCUCUACCGCAUCUAUCAGAUCAUCGAGUUCUUCUUCUUCUUCACGCUCACCAUCUGCGCCGAAAAGGUCAUCAUCAAGCACAUCGCCAUGUCCUUCCACAAAAGCGCCUACGCGGAUCGUAUCGCCAAGGUGACCAAGUCCCUCAAGGUCUUUGACUGGCUGCGCGACCACAAGCCCAAGCUCAAGGGUCGCGAGACCGGGUCCGCUUUCGGCAUCCCCAUGCGUUCCGCACGAGGCUCUCCCAGCGUCAGUGGCGCCAACACCCCCAUGACGCCAAACGACUUUGUUCUCGACGGCGACAACACCAACUCGCGCAACGCCUCCAGCUCCAGCAAGGGCACCUGGUUCAAGAAGCACAGCAAGAAGCGUCCCUCCGACAUGGCCGCAUAUGCGGGUGAAAACGACCGCGCAAUCGACCCUGCCACCGGCAAACCCGCCGAGGGUCAGGCACCGGCUCGUGGCAGUGGCAAGUCCAACAUCUUUGCUCGCACUGCAGCCCGCAGCAGACGUCGCAUCCGCGCAACAGCUGGACAGGCCAGCACGCUUGCUCGCGUUGCCAUGAACGACCCAUUCGGUCUGCUUCGCAACGAGGCGCUCGGCAUCGGCACGGACGUCAACUCGCCUGCUGAAGCCAAGCGCCUUGCACGCUCCAUCUUCGUCGCCUUCCGCGGAUCGCACAAGCGCAGCUACCUCGUCCCCUCUGACUUUGACUCGGCCUACACCAACCCACAAGACGCUCGUGAUGCAUUCAGCGUCUUUGACCGCGACGGCAACGGCGACAUCUCGCAGUCCGAGAUCAAGAACACCGUCAUGCAGGUGUACAAGGAGCGCCGCUUCUUGGGCAGGUCCAUGCAGGACGUCAACCAUGCCGUCGGUCAGCUCGACGGCAUCUUCCUCGUCGUCGCGCUCGUCAUCAUCAUGUUCGAGGCGCUCGCCAUCUUCAACGUCGACAUCGGCAAGACGCUCUCCACCUUCUACUCGCUUGCCAUCGCAUUUGCCUUUGUCUUCAAGGAGUCCGCCGCCAAUGUCUUUGACUCGAUCAUCUUUAUCUUCAUCACACAUCCCUUCGACACGGGUGACCGCAUUCAGAUCGGCGAAGCGGUGCUUGUCGUCAAGCGCAUGUCGCUGCUCUCCUGCCUCUUUGUCGACUCGCUCAACCAGGACGUUUACAUUAGCAACGUCAUCCUCGCCGGCACCAGCAUCAUCAACAUGCGACGCUCUGGCUACCAGUGGGAAGCCAUCACGGCGCAGUUUGACUUCAACACGCCGCUCGACAAGCUCGAUGCCGUCGAGGAGGACAUGAUCCACUGGCUCCAGACCGAGCCCGAGCGAUUGUUCGUUCCGAGCACGGCGAUUGUGCCGCAGAAGAUCGAGUACAUGCGCGCGAUGGAGUGCACCAUCGGUAUGACGCACGCCGACACCUGGCAGGACUGGGGCCGUCGCUUCUACCGCAAGAACGCCUUCUUUGCCGCUUUCUCGUUCUACUGCAAGAAGCACGGCAUCCGCUACGCCAACCCUGUGCAGCCCAUCGUCUACUGGACCGAGGAUGCCGCUGCUCUUCCCCCCAGCUACGACACCACGUCUAGCGCCCAGCGCCGUGGCUCGCAGGAGGGUGAGGACGAGAGUAAUGGGUAUGUGCUCGACGACUUUACCGCGUCUCCGUACGCCAGCCCGCAGAUUCGCGCAGCAGGCGGCGCGGUUGCCUUGCCUCCCAAGAAGCCAAAGUCGUUUAUGAACUUUACGCCGCCGCUCGAUGAGCUGGAGGUGUCGGACAGCGCCAAUGUGCGACUGCGCAGGGUCAAGCGCGGCGACAAGAUGCUCACCACCCAGGGUGGCGAUGGCUAG